AUGGCUGGACAUCCUGGUGACCGUCCUGAGCAUCCUCCGGGAUCAACUGAAACGAUGCAGAGCGCACAGAGUCAGCCUUCGUCUGCGCCAGUCUCUCCCACUGUGACCGCUGCAACUCCACACCGUCCUCCCCCAGCCGAAAUGCCUAAAACGCCCCCUCAGACACCAGCAGAGUCCCCCGGACAGGAUCAGCGUAUGGUUGGUCCACCGACAGCGGCAGCAGCACGACCAGGCCUUACGACGUAUCGUAGGGCUAGCCCCAGUACAUCCACUCUCGAAGGUCAGCAGAGGUAUGCUGGGCUUACAUUCCAGAAACGGUCGUCCCUGGACGAGGGUGUAAGGCAACGCAAGGUAAGCUGGAGGGAACAACCUGUUGGUUCGAACCCACAGACUGCACGAUGGUUCACUCGGUGGUGGGAUACGUGA